CUCUCUCAUACUUAGUGUAAUACAAAAAAGAAAGUCACAAUUCUAAGCAACCUAUUUUUCAACAUUCAUAAAUUAAUAGUACUCCACAAUUCAUUCCUAAACACAAAACAAAACACUCUCUGUCUUCUGGCCUCUGCAUAUUCUUGAGAAACAAAAACACUAAAAAUAAAAGCAUUAUUCCUCUGCUCUCUGUCCAAACUCAGACAGAGAAACCAAAAACAUCUCUUCUUGGUUCUCUCAAAUGAAUCUCUCUUCAUUUUCUGAAUUCUUAGUCAACAAAUUAAGGGGCAUGGUUGUUGCAUAACAAAAGAAAAAGAAGAAGCUUUGUGGAAACUUCAUAGUUGAAGGGAAAAAAUCAAAUAAACAUGUCUGUAAACGGUUCGAAAUCUAUGAAAGAUGAAAAGAAUGAUUUGCAGAAGCAGAUUGGAUGCAUCACUGGAUUUUUCCAGCUCUUUGAUCGCCACCGUUUCAUUACCGGCCAUCGCACAAGCAGUUACAUUCCGAAUUCAUCUACUUCAGAUGCAAAGAAUCAAAAAAUUGCAAAAGAGAAGCCACACUUCUCUACGGAAUCAUCGAUAACAUCCGUGUCUUCAUCGUCACGUUCAUCUAGCAUGUCUUCUAUUGAUUUCAAUAAAAUAAUCAAGAUUGAAUCAUCAUCAAACAAACAAAACCAAAUUCCGAAAAAAUCACAUUCAAGGCAUCAAUCACUUGAUUUCUAUGAUGUUGUCAAAGAUUCAAUGCAUAGAGAAGCUAAAAGUUUAUAUGUGAAAACAUUAAUCAAGGAAGAGAAAAAGGUUGAAGCUUAUGCAUUGAAGAAUCAACACAUAGACUCUCCGAGGCCUAUGCUAUCGAUGAAAUCUUCCGAUGGAGGAGUUAAGGUUUCGAAAGAACCGUUACAUAAUCUUUCGAGGUCGAGAAAACCACACUGGGACUCGCCGCGACUCUCUUAUGAUGCGGUGAAAUCCGCCACAGUGCAUAAGGAAGUUCCUAGGUUUUCCUUGGACAGCAAGCAAGGUUCCGUUAGACGGAUCAACGAAGGAAACAAGGCUCGCAACGUGUACGAGAGAAACUCAACGAGCCAGUUGCAAGAAUUAGAAACACCAAGAAGAUCAUCAAGUGUUGUUGCUAAGUUGAUGGGACUAGAAGCUCUCCCGGACUCGACGCAAACUUGUCGGACGUCUAUCUGCUCAACCGAUCAAAUAGAUCUUACCGCAAGAGCCAGCACAAAUGAUGAAUACAAGAAACACCAAAGUUCGCCCUCCCCGAGAAAUAGAAGGGAUGAUGUUUCAAUCAAAAAUGUGAAACAACAUUCGCGAUUCGCGCUAGAAUCGACAACUUCGCCAAGGCAACCUGAUGCCAACCAAAGUUCUGAUACAAAAGCAUCAAAGUCUUCGCUUUCUGUAUACGGACAAAUCGAAAAAAGGCUAGCAGAACUCGAGUUCAAAAAGUCGGGAAAGGAUCUACGAGCCCUUAAACAGAUUCUUGAAGCAAUGCAGAGAUUUUCAGAUUCAUCAUCUGACACUAAGAACAAUAACACUAGUCUCGACGAAAGUUCUAAAGCAAAAAGCCCGAGAAUACAACAAAAGGACUCGGAAUUCGUCACGGUUGAGUCAUCAUCGAAUUCAACCCGUGAUAGGAAAUCGCCAAUUGUCAUCAUGAAACCAACAAAAGUGACUAGAAAAGCCAAUAAUACUCCUUCAACAGAAUUUUCAAUUCAUCAAAGAUUGGUUGAUAAACAAAAAGCUAAAGGUAUUGUCUCAACAGAAAAACCAUCAAAGACUUCUCAAGACAGAAAUGGAAGAAACACCAUCAGCUUCGGUAACAUAACGGUAACCGGGAGUCCAAGACUGCAGAAGAAGUUUGGAUUCGAGACGCGUUCUCCACCGGCUAGUCCAUCAUCCGAUUCCACGAUUAACAGAAGACAACAUAAUAGGCAACUUGUGGACCUGCCGAGUUCUUCGUGUUCACCACAUAGACACGAUUUCUCCGUUUUGCAGGAUAGAGAUGAACAUUUUAGCGACACAAGUUCUUUGAGAAAAUUUAAGCAUCAUGUUAAUGUCAUUUCUUCCGAUUUUGACAGCAACAGAAGCUUGGACACUCUAGAAAUUGUUCGGAUCGAUCAAUCAGCGAAUAUCAACCAAAAUGAUGAAUUUGAAUACUCGAGGAAUGAACACUCUAAGGCCGAUAAAAUUGUCACUCCUGAACAGCCGAGUCCUGUAUCUGUUCUUGAUGCUGCAUUCUAUCAGGAAGAUCCACCGUCUCCGGUGAAAAAGAUAUCGAAUAUUUCAAAAAAAUUAGAUGAAGCUUUAAGCAUUGGUCUUGAUAGUGAGAAGAACUCCGUGGAUCAAAUUCUGCGAGAAAUUGAUUGGAACGAUGAAAAACUCGUGAAUUUCAACAACAUCGAGAAUCCUGAUCAUAAGUAUAUAUCAGAAAUACUAAUAGCUUCCGGUCUAGUCAAUCAUCGAAACUCUAACGAGUUACUUCAUUCACAAGGCACCUUGAUUAACCCGAAAUUAUUCUUAGCACUUGAACAAAUGAAGACAAAUACAUCAAAUACGACGCGAUUCAAUAUUGAAGACGGUGCGAAGAACAUUUUCAUUGCUAAUAGUCCUGAGAAACUGCGAAGAAAACUCAUAUUCGAUGUGGUCAACGACAUUUUAGCAGAGAGAAAGGUAAAAGGGAAGAAGCUUUUCGAAGAGCUAUGUAUAGAAAUAGAUGAGCUACAACCGAAAAACAAGAAUAUCGACAUUUUUCACGAGGAUGAGAAUUCGAUAAGUCUAUUGUGCAGAGAUUUGAAGGAUCGGAAUACAGUUUGGACUAACCGUGGCAGCGAGAAACCGAAUAUCGUGCUGGAUAUCGAACGGUCGAUUUUUAGAGAUUUGAUAACUGAAGUUUGUGAGAGAUGAUAAUCUGUUAAAUUUAUUUUGAUUUGUUAGGUGAUAAUCUGCUUAAUUGACAGUUUCAUCUUUGUUUUUCUUCAUGUAUUUUUUAUAGUUUAUGUUCUAAAAUACAUGGAGAAAUACAGAUAAAUGUAUAUCAGUAUUGAUUUUCACAUGGUUAAAUAGAAUAUUGUAAUAACUACUUCAUGUUACAUGAGUA